GGAUCGGUAGCGGCGGGAGGCGGACGAGGAGGCAAAUGGCGAGGCGGUCGGGGCUGCUGGCGAAGCAGGUGAUCAGCGUCAGCUCGGCGCGGAGCCUCGGCUUCGUGUCGCAGCUCUGGGUCGACCCCGCGUCGUGGGCUGUUGCACUGGUUGAAGUGAGGCCAAGCUUGCUUUCAGGAGAAGCUGAGAAAUUCCUUUUUGAGGAUAUAUAUCAGGUUGGGGAUGUUGUGCUUGUUGAGGAUGAAUCCGUGGUUGAGAACGAAUUUAAGCUAGCUGGUCUGCACGGCUUGGUUGGCUAUAAUGUUGUAACUUCCAGGCGGCGCAAUGUCGGUAAGGUGCGUGGCUUCACCUUUAACAUUAACUCAGGUGUUGUGGAGUCUCUUGAGCUUGAUUCAUUUGGGCUGACUAUUGUCCCUGCUAGUCUGGUAAGCACAUACUGUUUAUUUGUCGAAGAUGUGCUUGACAUAGUUUCUGAUACAAUAGUGGUGCAUGAAGAUGCAGUCUCUCGUGUUCAACGAUUGACACAGGGCAUCUGGGGCACUCAAAAUAUUCAAGGGCCUGGUGAUCAGAUGGGCGAGUACAGUAGAUAUGGAAGGCGAAGAGCUAGGCCCGUUAAGAAACAAAGUAGCCGGGGAAAAUCCGUGGGCCGGAAUCUCCCUAGGAAAACGAAGAAUCUGGAAGAUGAGUGGGAACUGCCAAUGGAAUACUGACACAGAGACAACACUAGCUCUCUUCUCAUCCUCUGGAAACACUGCUGCCCCCGCUGUUCAUGCUAGCGCUUUUUAGACCACGGCAAUAGGAUAUUGCCAUGGCUGUACAUAUUGGAGGAUCACGAUCGAACAGUAAAGGAAAUUGUUUGGCCAUCUUUGGCAUGCUCUGGCUCGGUGGGUUAGUGAAAAGCGAGUGUGUCUGCCCACCUCCGACGUCUUACUAGUUCUGGCAAAAAAUGACUCGCUUGUGGGGAGCGAGGGCCCCUGGCGAGUUCAUUCUGUCAUGUAAUGAUGAAGCCUCUUUUGACUUUCACUGACAGUAUAUGCGUGUAAUCAUGUAGUGAUGUUACUACCAGUGGAGACUGGACUACUAGUACUACUAGAGUAGUAUAGCUCUAGCCAGAAUGUCAAGAUUCCUGGUUUUCUUUGUUCAAAAGAGAAUAAACAGUUUGGUUUCUGAAAGGGAGGUUCAGUCUACUUCAA